AUGAAUUAUAUUUCUAAUAUUAAUUCUCAAAAGGAUCCAGCGGAUGCCCGGGAUGGACUUCCAAAACAAUUUCUUUCAUCUUUGAGAAUACUCUUUGACAUUUUAGAUGAAAAUCAGACUGGGUUUGUACGUUUGAGGGAUAUUGAAAGUAGAUGGAGUGAUGACGGUGUGCGGGGCUUACCCCCAGGAGUAGUAGACGGUUUACGAAAGGUUACGCCAUCAAGUGGCCUAUUGAGUUUCGACAGAUUUGUAGCAGGACUAAAGCUAGUCUUAACAAAAAAGAAAGAAGCAAACGCAACUGAUGCUAGAAAACCAUUUUCGUCGAAAGAAAAUCGUUUGCCUCAUGCCGAAAAUCAUGAUUAUGGACGCAGAGAUAGAAGUCUACCAAGAACAACAAGUGAUACAAGCAAUAACAGAACUGGAAAUGAGGGUCGUUAUGGAGCAAGGGCUCUUCAGAGCAAUAAUUACAGAGAUCAAGAUAAUUAUCCUCAUCAGAGACAAUACCACCAGCAAGUUCCCACAAAAACAAGUGACUCUAGUGAUUCCAAUUAUUAUCAUGGCAAUCGCCAAACAGAAAGCAACAAAGCUUCUGGGCAAACAAAUGUUCAUGAAGCAACCAUGCAUACUUCACAGCCAGUAAAGAAGAUAGAUACAAAAAUAAUAAAAGCAAACGGUGGUUAUUCAUCUCAUCAAAGCGCAAAUAGUCGACACCCUCUGCCUAAUUCACAUUAUGAAAAACCACCCCAAAUCCCACCAAGAAAUGAGCAGCCAUCAAGAGUGAGAGAAACCACACAGUUAAAAAAAUCUUUGUCAGGGCCAGACCUGCAUUCUCAACCUCAACAACCACCAGCUGUUCCCCCAAGAGACAAACAAGCCAGCACUCGGAUUUUGAGCGAAUUGAAAAACUGGCAAAAAGAGUGGGCUUCUAAUCAGCCCUAUGACAAAAUGUAUAAUAGAGAUAGGGAGAAACUGAAUCAACCAAGACUUAACUCUGAUCAAGAUAAUACCAUUUAUGCCAAUAUAGAAGAUUUUCAAAAUAGGCAAUACGAAAAGCCCCCACAAAGUUCAAAGGUCACAGUGAGGCGUCAUGGAUCUGGAAGAAGACACACUUUAGCCAAUGGCAUAGAUCAGAACAUGCUUAAACGCAUGAAACAGCUGGAAGAAGAGAUGGCCAUCUUGCGAACCGGUUUGUCCAUGGUUGACACGGCCAGAGAGUGGUACAUAAAGCAAAUGCAGUCAGUCACUGAUAAGCAAGCCAUGAUCGACAAAGUUAACUACAAUGAUUAUUCUGUUGAAGCUCACCAAGAGCGAAUGAACUUCCAGCGAGCUAGGAUCGCAGAAGUCAACCAUCAUCUGCAUACAUUAGUAGAGAGUUCUGAAAAGGGUUUCCCUCUACAUAUGAAUCUUGCGCUUCCAGUUGCAGCCCCUGUCACUAAAAAUGACGAUUUAGCUGUUCGCAGUAUUAAAGAACAAAAUCGUCGUUUGUUGGAGGAAGUAAACCAGAAAAAAGACCAGAUAAGCCUGUUGGAGAAAGAAAAAUCUUCACUCGUGCGAGAAUUGUUUGAAGCUCGCGCUAAGAACAAGACGGACUUUGAUGAUACUACAUUCAUGUGAUGUGACUGUUACUCAUCCCCCUUUAGCUGUACUGUUACUUUUCACCCUUCAGCUUUGAUAUUACUACCUAUCCUAUAGCCCUGUAGUUACUAUUCAAAUACCAGCUCAAAUGUUUUCUGUGUACAUAAUCUUAUGAUAUACCUUUUAACUCUGAUGUUACUGUCCACCUUUUAGUUCUAUUAGUUACUGUUCAUGCAUUAGCUCCUA